GGUGUCAUAGGCGAUCAUGAUUAGGAAAAAGUUAGCUCUAAUUUCCUCGAUGGAAGUUAACCUUUGUACUCUAAUUUCACAAUAAGCGCCCUAUAGCUGAACUACACAUGUUUUCUGAAUUCAUGCCCAGGAUCGGCAGAUCAUGUUUAUGUAGGACUGCUUGUAUAUAGUUCUCUCCACAACUAAUACGCUAUCUUUUAUAUGAAGCCAUGCAGGAUUGACUACCGGGUAAUUUUAGUUUAAACGACUGAAGGAACUUUGUCAAGGCUCGCCCACGAUCGAGGCUCUCUCACUGCAUUUCUCCCUGGCCAUACACACCUUGUGAAGGAAGAUUUUUGGUCGCUCGCACGCGUAUAGAUAAGUACGCCGUCACCAUGAGCUUAGAACAAGUAGAGGGUGCUUUGAAGCUGAUUGAAGACCUCAAUCUAACAGCAAUUCGAUUCGAACAGACCGAUAUGCAUGGCAUCGCACGAUGUAAGACAAUCCCGGCGUGUCACUUCAAGGAGAAAGCAACCAAAGGUGUCAACUUCGUUUUGCUCGCACUAGGAGCUCUGGAUGUCAAAGGUGAGCUGGUUGAACUGGUCGAGGAUACUGGCUACGGAGAAGAGGUGUCAUUCGGCGAUGCGGUGGCGUUUCCGGAUUUCGAUACUCUCUAUCCGCUACCGUGGUUGAAAAGCACCGGAAGAAUCCUGGUCGAACCGACGUACAAUGGCGAGUCCGUUCCCGGGUAUCCACGAGUAAUUGCGAAGCGGCAAUUGGAGAAAUUGAAGGAAAUGGGGAUGUCUCUUCUAUCGGCUCACGAGCACGAGUUCUACCUCGUGGAAAAAGAAACGCUGAAGCCGAUGAACGGAGAUGACUCAAACAUCUUCGCCACUAUUCGUAAUACCCCGAUCCUGGACCUGAUAGAUAAGUUCAUCGAAUACCUACCGAAAGUUGGAGUUUCGGUUGAAAGUGUCGAAAAUGAAAUGGGGCCUGGUCAAGUCGAGAUAUCUUACAAACCGGCGUUUGGUUUGCGUGCUGCGGAUAAUGCCCACACCUACAAAACAUCCAUCAAGGAAAUAGCCCUGCUCAACGGCUGUGUGGCAUCGUUCAUGAGUAAACCCUACCCAGAGCAAGCUGGCUCCUCUAGUCACUUUUGCCAUUCUUUGUGGGAUGUCGAAGGCAAGCUUCCCCUCCUGUACAACCAUGACAACCCGACGCAUCUCUCGGAGAUUGGUCAGCAGUGGAUUGCAGGAAUCCUUGCUCAUGCUCGCGCUACUGAAAUCCUGAUGGCACCUACUGUUAAUUGCCUUAAACGUGUUAAACCGAUGGCCACUCCCAUCAAUGUCACAUGGGGUUUGGACAAUCGCACCUGCCUUGUUCGGGUCAAGAUCAAUGGUGACACUGGAACAUAUCUUGAGAACCGAGCAGGCGCCUCAGGGUGUAACCCAUACCUCUCUCUGGCGGCAACAGUUGCUGCCGGUAUUGAUGGUAUCGUGAACAAAAUGAAGCUACCACCACCGGUUACCCGAAACGCUUACAAGCCUGAAAACAUCCCUCCAAAGACAGCAUCUAUCCCGGACAACAUGGAGGACGCGCUCAAAGCACUCCUUGACGAUGAGGUCAUCUGCGAUGCCCUGGGAAAGGACUUCAUUAAAUCUUUCUCUGCUUUGAAGAGGUACGAAGCGAAUCAAGAGAGAGAGGCAAUAGAUAAGGGCGACGAACACUGGGAUUUCAACAAGUUCUUCUAUUACUUGUAAAGCUAGUAUAGCUAACGUGAAUUGAAUAGUUUGCUUGUAAGUACACCUAAGACAAAUAUUUUGAAUGUAAAAUUCAAAUAUGUUCUAUCUAUUUUAUAUUUUAUUUUGUUUUGCUUUUUUAAUACAUUAUUCAUUUUAUAAUUACAACGCAAACUGAUUUUUAAAUCGUUCCUCCUCUUAUCAUUUCUUUCCGUUUUAUUUUAUGGUGUUCAUCUAGCAAAUUAUUACUACAUAUAUAUAAUGCUUAUUCUAUCGCCUAUUGCGCAUUCAUUUUCUCCUAAAUUCUUUCAUAUAUGCAUAUUACAUGGUAUUAUAUAAAGUAACUUGUAUAAUAUUUCGAAAUAUUAUGUCAUAAAGAUAUAUGGGGGGUAUCAUCUAUACGGUACCUCAUAGUGGGUGAUUAAAACAAACGUUUUUAUUCUUCAUGUACACAAGUUAAUUCUGUAAUUUAUCAUUAUAUCAUCAUUACUUCCAUUCCAUUAAUUUCUGCAUAUUGUUUAAUUUUGACGAAUAUUUCAUGCUUUUGUUCUUCUGUACAUCCCUUUUGUAAAUUGACAAAAUAGUAUUUUAGCUCUUUUACCGUCAACAAAUACAUGAAUCAAAUAAAAUCAAAUACAAAGUUUGGGGCUCAUUACGCCACUGUAUACACAUAAUGAGUUGGUGCACUGUAAAAAAUGAAGUGCUAAUUUAGCACUUACAGUGAUGGUUUAGUGACUGCACUACGAGUGCUGAUUUUCUAGUUCAAAUUUAGACUAGAAAAUCAGCACUCGUAGUGCAGUCACUAUACAAGCACUGUAAGUGCUAAAUUAGCACUUCAUUUUUUACAGUGUGGCUGGAGAUCUGCUAUGAUAAUCAUGAUCAUGAUAAAAAUCCACUUUAAUUUUAGUAAAAAUUGUUUUAUUCGAAUUUUAUGGAAAUAUAGGAAUUUAAAUGUAACAUAUGUCAAUGUUAUUAAAUACAAGAAAUGCGAAAAUGGUGCAUUACGAUUAAACGCUUUUAAAUUCAUUUUGAACUUAAACGCUCAGUUGAAAAAUACGUUUACGUUAAAAAUAACAAAGUUGUAUAAUUUCAUAGUAGAUCGAAGAGCGUAAUUUUGCUAUAGAUUUAUACGGUGCCUACUUAGAUUUGAUAUUAUUCAACUAUACUUUUGCCGCUUUUUGUUUUGUUAUGUCAAAUGCAAAUUUUUCUUAUUUUGUUACAGUAGAAAUAUAGUAUGAAAUCAAGAUAUGGUAAAGAAAAAAAAAUCCACGAUACCAUGUCAAUCCCAUAAAGAGGUGGAGCUUAUUUGAUCCACCUUUUAUAGACAUCAUAAUCGCAUUGCCACUGGGAGGAUCUUCACAGCAUUAGUGAUCUCAGCAUUCAAAUGCUCAUAACUUUUUUAUAUUUUGUUCAUUUUUUUCUCAGACUUUCAUGGAUAUGUUUCUUUGAUUUUUCUGUUUUGAAUUCAAGCUUCCUUGUUCAAAGCGUUUGAUUUAUCAUCCUUUUAAAUACUGGUAUUAGAAAUAAAAACUUGAGAUGAAUAACAACAA